CUCUCAGCCAGCUCAGACAAACUGAAGCUGAUUCAUGAAACCUCUUGUCUUAACUUCUCAACUCACCCCCAAAAAGAUUUUAUUUUCUCAGCACAUACUUUUACCCGUUUCCUUUUUCUUACAAACUGUAAUACUGAUGUGUGUACACAGACUUUAUACCUUUAUUUGCUUACGACGCUUGUUUCUCCGUGUAAACUAUACUUUGUUCAUAAAAUUCCCAACGCAUAUUCAGAUUUCAGGGGUUAUUUUGCAGUUGUUUUUGUCAGAUUUCAAAUGACAAAUUCUGUUCUAUAUUUCUCUGCGCAUCUCUAUUUUUUCCCACUGGUAUUUGGUUUCACUUGACUUCAACUGCAGGUUCUAUAUAUUCAUUGUUUGAUUAGACUCCUCUGUUCAGAUUUAUUAUUAUUAUUAUUUUGGAAUCAUUUCUGUGUCUUUGGGAAAACCCAGAUUCCGAAUCAAAAUCUGGGUUUUGGGGGCUAAAAGGUACUUAAUGGGUGCCAACAUAUCUGGAGCUAUGGUCGACAGAGAUGAAGGCGGUUCUCCAUUGAAGCCGAGACUUGGUGACAUACCAGAGAGCUGCGCGGCCUUGGUUCUGGCCCUGUUAGACCCACCUGAGAUUUGCAAAUUGGCUCGAGUGAACCGAUCUUUUCAUGGUGCUUCGUCGGCUGAUUUUAUAUGGGAAUCGAAACUGCCAUCCAAUUAUAUAUUCAUCGUGGAGAAAGUGCUAAGAGAUACAACUUUAUUAAACCUGCAGAAGAAACAACUUUACGCUGGGCUAUGCAGGCCUAAUCCCUUUGAUGCUGGCAGAAAGGAGAUAUGGCUAGAUAAGAAUACAGGUGGGGUUUGUUUAUCAAUAUCUUCCAAAGCCUUAACCAUCACAGGGAUCGAUGACAGGAGAUAUUGGACUCACAUUUCCACCGAGGAAUCAAGAUAUCCUACAGUAGCAUACCUACAGCAAAUUUGGUGGUUCCAAGUGGAUGGAGAGGUCGAGUUUGGAUUCCCAGUGGGGACAUAUAGCUUAUUCUUCAGGCUCCAGCUGGGGAAAUCUUCAAAGAGACUGGGUCGGCGUGUUUGUAACUCGAAGCACAUCCAUGGCUGGGAAAUAAAGCCCGUACGAUUCCAGCUAACAACUUCAGAGGGGCAAAGUGUCGAAUCCCGGUGUCAUUUAGACAAUCCUGGAAACUGGGUCCUUUACAGAGUGGGAGAUUUUGUCGUACAAAAUCCUAAUGCGUUCACAAAUAUCAAAUUUUCAUUGACCCAGAUCGACUGUACUCACACCAAAGGCGGCCUUUGUGUGGAUGCUGCUUUAAUUUACCCCACUACUGUAGCUAAAGAGAUUAGGUCAUGUUCGUGAGAUUUGACAACUUUAUAGCUGUAAAUAUCGAAUUGUAGAUGUAGUAAUUUCAUCUUUCUGUUCAUCAA